CCAGACUUCAAGUCAACGUGGGCAUCGCUUAGACCCCACUAAACUAUAAAAGUUAUCGGGGUGUUUGUGAGCCGUUUCAGUUGUUCGAAGUUGGCAGUCGCAGCAGCACCAUAAAAGUAACAAAUCUCCCGCACAUUCGCGUCGGAUAAAUUAUGUAAAAUCGAAAUCGUCGAGAUACCGAUCACAAAGACACACGCGCCAGUUGGGAUCACCUAUAGCUAUAGUAUCGCAGUCAGAACAAUCACAUCUGCGAUCUGCAACAAUGCAGCCCAGUGCAUUUCACAAGCUUUUACUAUUGCUGCCGCUCGCCUAUCACCGUACGCCAAAUGUUGGAGAUGACAAAGAUGAGCAUUGGAAUUACGAGACGAACGGGAAGAAUUGGGGCGGCAUCUGCGCCUCGGGAGAAAGGCAAUCGCCCAUUUCUUUAAGUGUGCAAAAGUCGUAUAUAAUUUCCAUUCCUCGGAUCGUUUUCGGAAACUAUGACAUAAAGCUCAGGGGGCCGCUCACCAUCACCAAUAAUGGGCACACAGCUCACAUGGACAUUCCCGAAACGACCAACGGAAAGAAGCCCUUCAUAACCGAAGGUAUGCUGAACGGCCGGUAUGUGGCCGAAUCUCUCCACUUUCAUUGGGGAUCCCCCGGUUCCCGGGGGUCCGAGCACGCGAUCAACAAGCAGAGGUACGACGUGGAGAUGCACAUCGUCCAUCGGAAUGCCAAAUACAAAGACAUGAGCGAGGGUCGGCAAAAAGACGGACUGGCUGUCAUCGGAGUCAUGUUGAAGAUUGUAAAGAAUCCCAAGCUCAUGUUUCUCGGCUUGCACAAUGUGUUGGGUGCGGUGUCGCGAAUCACGAAGACCAAGGCGAAAACCUAUGUUCCGGGCAGCUUCAGUUUGGGCCAGGUGCUUGGCAUCGUGAAUCCCCGGAGCUACUUCACCUACCGGGGAUCGCUGACCACGCCCUUUUGCCAGGAGGCUGUCACCUGGACCGUCUUCACCCAGGUGCUGCCGGUGUCUUACACGCUGGUGUCGAAGCUUUGGAGGCUGCGGGACUCCGAGGGACACAGGCUCAUCAACAACUUCCGGGACAUCCAGCCCACAAAUAGAAGGGCCGUGUUCUACAGACCUUGAAAAGAUCUGAGUGGUGCCUAUUUGGGCAAGUGCUGGUUUUGUAUUCAGUUUCAGUUUUAG